AUGAGUAAACAAACGAGCCACCAGUAUCCGAUACUGGCUCCAGCCGUAUCUCCUCCCAUUCUAAACCCACAGAUGCCACCGACAAAGCGCGCCAGGUUGGAACCUGUGUCUGGAACAAACUCGCCAGGUCCCGGUACACCUAUCCCUCAUCCCUCUGCUGCUUUCGCUGCCUCAAUGUCGAUGCCGCCGCCGUCCUCUACUUCGCCGAUUCAGAAGCCCGUCGAUACGAAGGACUUGACCGACGUCCUGUUUUCAACCGGUGUCGACCUGCAAGCCGAAGAACAAUACCUCUAUAACGAUACACCUGCUGCAUCUUUCGCUGGCCUUCAUUCAUCACUCUCUGGCGGUGUUUCUGCCGAGGAAAGAGCGCUUAACAGACAGGAAGCUGAGGCCUCAGGGAAACUUCGACACGGACAGGAUCCAUUUCUUCAUAGGGAGAAGCUGCUGGGCCAGACACACCAGAAGUUAGUAAAGGAGAGGAUUAGCUCCAAUGCUGAUCAUACCGCGCUAGCCGAACUCCUAAGUAUUGCUGCUCAGGAACAUAUCAGGGAACUGCUCACAACUGCAACCCAGUAUGCCCAGUAUCGGAGAAGGGGCAAUACCGUCAAGGGUAUGGGAGAUUGGGCUGAUAUAGCGUUUGGGGAGAGUGAGGGUCGUGAUGGGCGUUUGAAAACAGAACUUUCUGAGGGAGAGAACAUUGAUUCUCCUUCUGGCAGCGUUUCGAGAAAACGAUCAUUUGCCCAAGCUAACUCUUCAUCAAUAUUACCGCGAACCCCGUCCCUGCUCUCCGAAACUGCUAAGUCAAUCCGAGCUCUAGCGAUGGACGAGCGAAUGAUCGAAGAAGCCCGUGCCGCAGCACGCUUAACACGACUGAACGGCACAAAAACUGGAACACCAGCUGCAGAUGGAGGAACAGGCGAGACUACGAAUCCUCUCCCAGGAAGCGUUGCUCCAGAACCGGAGAAACGUAUGACUGCAAAAGAAGCUAAAAAGGCGCAGAACUCAAGACUCGAUGAGAUUCAAUCCCAUAAAGCUGCCAACGAGACUGCUAGUCUCAUGUUAGGAGGAGGUCGAAAAAAGAAGUACUCAUGGAUGUCGGCAGGUGGUGGCGGUGGCGGUGGUAGCGGAGCUAGCACACCAAACAGAUUGCCGGGAAACUCCAAUGCAGCUGGUGGGACACCUGCUGCGACUGCUGCGACGGUCACAACUAAUGUCCCAACUAUGUACUGGGGCAAAAGGAUGGGCGAGUGGAGCGAACAAGGCGACAGAGGGAAGGGUAUCCAGAUAAGAGACUGGAUUCAGGCUCUUGAGCAGGAUGGUAGGGAAACUAAAACUCUACAAAAGGCGUACCUGAAACUCAAGUGA